AGGUCGGGGAGCGGUACUGUACGUCAACAAGGGCCCCGGACAUCUCUGCACGUUAUAGUCCUAGCGGAAUAGAAGGCGGCGUCCGUCCUGCAGCAUGACGGAGCUGAGGCACCGGGUGACAGGGGAGCUGGACGAGAAGGAGAUCGAACCUGAAGUCAAACAUGAGGGGGAGACGGCAUCGGACAGUGAGGGCAAAGCAGAGACCGGUGGUACUCUUCAAGGCAGCCCGUCUGAUGACACCCCAAAAGUCCUCAACCGAGCCUUGUCCAGUCUGUCUUCCAGAUGGAAGAACUGGUGGAUCAGAGGCAUCCUCACACUGGCCAUGAUUGCAUUCUUCUUCUUCAUCAUCUAUUUAGGACCAAUAGUGCUCAUGAUGAUUGUGAUGUGUGUGCAGAUCAAGUGUUUUCAGGAGAUCAUCAUGAUCGGCUACAACGUCUACCAUUCCUAUGACCUGCCCUGGUUUCGGACACUUAGCUGGUACUUCUUGCUGUGUGUCAACUACUUCUUCUAUGGAGAGACGGUCACUGACUACUUCUUUACUCUGGUCCAAAGAGAGGAGCCGCUAAGGAUCCUCAGCAAAUAUCAUCGCUUCAUUUCCUUUGCGCUGUAUCUCAUUGGGUUCUGCAUGUUUGUGCUCUCCCUGGUGAAGAAGCAUUACCGGCUGCAGUUUUACAUGUUUGGCUGGACCCACGUCACUCUUCUGAUCGUCGUCACACAGUCUCACUUGAUAAUUCACAACCUGUUUGAAGGCAUGAUCUGGUUCAUAGUGCCCAUCUCCUGUGUGAUCUGUAAUGACAUCAUGGCAUACAUGUUUGGCUUCUUCUUUGGUCGAACUCCUCUCAUUAAGCUGUCACCUAAGAAGACAUGGGAGGGAUUUAUUGGAGGCUUCUUCUCUACAGUUUUGUUUGGCAUAUUGUUGUCCUACUUCAUGGCUGGCUACAGUUCCUUUGUGUGCCCCGUGGAGUUUAACAAUGACACCAACAGGUUUAUGGUGGACUGCGAACCAUCGGACCUCUUCCAGUUACAGGAAUACCACAUCCCUGCUGUGCUGCAGUCUGUCAUCAGCUGGAAAACCGUCUGGAUGUAUCCCUUCCAAAUACACAGCAUUGCGCUCUCCACGUUUGCAUCACUCAUCGGUCCAUUUGGAGGAUUCUUUGCCAGCGGAUUUAAGAGAGCUUUCAAGAUCAAAGAUUUUGCCAACACAAUCCCAGGUCAUGGAGGCAUCAUGGAUAGGUUUGACUGUCAGUACUUGAUGGCCACCUUUGUGAACGUGUAUAUCGCAAGUUUCAUCAGAGGACCCAACCCAAGUAAACUAAUCCAGCAAUUCUUAACGUUGCGUCCCGACCAACAAAUUCACAUCUUCAGCACACUGAAAUCCCAUCUAACGGAAAGGGGAAUGCUGGAAAAUGGCGAGGGUUUGUAAAAUAACGGUUUGUUCAGUCGGGGCAAAACACCUCUACCCGGCGCAUGUGGGUUCACUGUCCAACAAUGCUGUACCAGCCCUUCCCAGAGAAGACUCCUUAACCCCUCUGCUGCCGGGGAAAGUUCCAGAAGCUCCUUCCUCCUUUUGUGCGAUGUCAUAUCUUGGCUGUAUGAUUUUAGUUCCUUGUUCACCAUGUUUACAUAUAAUAACAAAGCCGGUUACCCCAGCCAUGCCCACGAAAGGGGUUCCUGUGGAGCAUGGCGCCUCACCAAGGCAAGAUGUUGGAGACGGUUUGGAAAGUGGAGUGCAGAACAACAUUCAAAGUUCCUGAAAUCUAUACAGAAGAUAAUAGAAUGAUUACAGGGGCUUUCCAGCGUCUGAUUUUAAUCGGUUGCUUUGUACAUGCAGCUUUUACUAAAUCUAAUCGGAUUUAUUCAUCCGGCUUCCUUAGUUUUCUCCUAAUUAAUUGCUACCCCCCUUAGGAUUUUGUGAGGGAGCUAAUUUAAUAAAUCUCAAAAAUGCACCAUUCCUCAGUCACAC